UCAAAACCACUUCCCCCUCUUUUCCAUUUUAGUCUUUCCUGUAAAAAACACACACACAAACACUUUCUCUCUCUCCCCCCACACAACGCGUUCCAGAUCGAGGACCAAAUCCUAAUCCAUCCAUGGCGCCGCGCGAGGAGAAUGUCUACAUGGCCAAGCUGGCCGAGCAGGCAGAGCGCUACGAGGAGAUGGUGGAGUACAUGGAGAAGGUCUCCGCCUCCCUCGAGGACAAGGAGGAGCUCUCCGUCGAGGAGCGCAACCUCCUCUCCGUCGCCUAUAAGAACGUCAUCGGCGCUCGCCGCGCCUCCUGGCGGAUCAUCUCCUCCAUCGAGCAGAAGGAGGAGUCCCGAGGCAAUGAGGACCACGUCUCCACCAUCAAGGACUACAGAUCUAAGAUCGAGGCCGAGCUCUCCAAAAUCUGUGAGGGAAUCCUCAAGCUGCUCGACGAUCGCCUCAUUCCGUCCGCCGGAAACGGCGAUUCGAAGGUUUUCUAACUGAAGAUGAAAGGCGAUUACCAUAGAUAUCUGGCUGAGUUUAAGACUGCUGAUGAGAGGAAAGACGCUGCUGAGAGCACUCUCAACGCUUACAAGGCUGCUCAGGACAUUGCUAACACAGAGCUUGCUCCUACACAUCCAAUUCGAUUGGGAUUGGCACUGAACUUCUCUGUUUUCUACUAUGAGAUCUUGAACUCUCCUGACCGUGCUUGUAACCUUGCCAAACAGGCAUUUGACGAGGCCAUUGCUGAGUUGGAUACCCUUGGCGAGGAGUCCUACAAAGAUAGCACUUUGAUCAUGCAACUUCUUCGAGACAACCUCACCUUGUGGACCUCUGACAUGCAGGAUGAUGGAGCCGAUGAUAUUAAGGAAGCUCCUAAACCUGAGGAAGCAGCAGCUCCACAAUGAGGAUGAGAGUCUUCACUCCUAUUUUUUUUUCUUCUAUUUAAUCCUCUGUUUUAAAGCCUGGCAUAUUUUUGGGUCUUCAUGUUAUCACUACUGAAUGGUGCUAUAUGUUCGCCUACUCUCUACUUGUGCCAAGUUCUUUGUUUCGACUUUUAAACAAAUACUUAUCCGACGUCAUAUUUUGCAGGAGGCUAUAUCAAAUUGGCUUAUUUCUUGCAGAAUUAUGUUAUGUCCUGCAAUGUGAAAUAAAGACUAAAGGCCCAUUUCAGUCCUUAA